UGAAUAUUGUGAGGAGUGUUGGAGGAAAGUGCAGAGAGGAUGAAAUCUAGUAGCAAUAAAGACAGGGGAGCUUAAGAUUGCAGAGAGAACAAAAGGAAUGCCGAAAACGGCUUCUUUACCAUAGCAAUUUCAUUAAUUCCUAGACAAACUGCUUGCAGUAAAACAAACCCGGAAAAGUUCUCAGGACAGUUUUGAUACCAAAACUCAGCAGCAGCAAGCAAAGUGUACAUAUCCACGCUUUUAUUUUGAAAAACAGCAUUUCCGGUGACUCUCUUGGACAUCUUGUUCUGGUCUCUGCCUUCACACUGCUUAUCAAGACUAGGGUCCAACAUCGCCACUCUCGCCAUGGCAGGAGCCGGAGGCGGGGGCAACGAUGUGCAAUGGUGCUUUUCGCAAGUGAAAGGGGCGAUUGAUGAUGACGUAGCCGAAGCUGAUAUCAUCUCUACUGUGGAGUUCAACCACUCAGGGGAGCUGCUAGCCACAGGGGACAAAGGCGGUCGGGUUGUCAUCUUUCAGCAAGAGACCGAGAACAAGAGUCAGCCACAGUGCCGUAGUGAAUACAAUGUUUACAGCACAUUUCAGAGCCACGAGCCUGAGUUUGACUACCUGAAGAGCUUGGAAAUUGAAGAGAAGAUUAACAAGAUUCGCUGGCUACGACAAAAGAAUGCUGCACAAUUUUUGUUGUCCACAAAUGAUAAAACAAUAAAGUUGUGGAAGAUCAGUGAACGUGACAAGAGACCAGAGGGAUACAAUCUUAAAGAGGAGGACGGACGCUACAGAGAUGCUGCUACCAUCACAACUCUACGGGUGCCAGUAUUCAGGCCAAUGGAUCUCAUGGUGGAGGCCAGUCCAAGGAGGGUCUUUGCCAACGCCCACACAUACCACAUCAACUCCAUCUCGGUCAACAGCGACAAUGAGACCUAUCUGUCCGCAGACGACCUGCGCAUCAAUCUGUGGCACCUAGAGAUCACAGAUCGCAGCUUCAACAUUGUGGACAUAAAGCCAGUCAAUAUGGAGGAGCUGACUGAGGUGAUCACAGCUGCAGAGUUCCAUCCUCACCAAUGCAACACAUUUGUCUACAGCAGCAGUAAGGGCACCAUUCGCCUGUGUGACAUGCGUGCGUCAGCACUUUGUGACAAGCAUUCUAAAUUGUUUGAGGAGCCAGAAGACCCCAGCAACCGCUCUUUCUUCUCUGAAAUCAUCUCGUCCAUCUCGGAUGUAAAGUUCAGUCACAACGGCCGCUACAUGAUGACCCGAGACUACCUGUCUGUCAAAAUCUGGGACAUCAACAUGGAGAAUCGACCUGUUGAGACAUACCAAGUUCACGAGUACCUCAGGAGUAAGUUGUGCUCGCUGUAUGAGAACGACUGCAUCUUUGACAAGUUUGAAUGCUGCUGGAACGGAAAUGACAGUGUGGUGAUGACAGGAUCCUACAACAACUUCUUCCGAAUGCUGGACCGCACCCAGCGGCGGGACGUUACCCUUGAGGCUUCACGCGAGAGCUGCAAGCCCCGGCAGUUCCUGAAGCCACGUAGGGUGUGUGCGGGUGGCAAACGAAAGAAGGAUGAGAUCAGCGUGGACAGCCUGGACUUCAACAAGAAGAUUCUACACACUGCCUGGCACCCGCAGGAAAAUAUAAUUGCCGUGGCAACCACCAACAACCUCUACAUCUUCCAGGAAAAAGUUAACUAAUACUGUCGCCAUGGGGAAAGAAAACCUCUUUCUCUCUAUGUGGAAAAAAAGUUGAACUAGCAAAAAUAAUUUCUGUGACAUCCACCAUCCUCACAUACCCAACAUUGGCCUACUCCAGGACAGGAUGAACUAGUGAAGCCACAUGGCUGCCAAUACUGAAUAAACUGGUUCAAACUGGUCUGGAGAGAAUACAACCUGGCUUCUAGCCUCUGGCACCACGGCAUGCGCCAUGCUUGGAUGAUGUUGUGCCAACCUUUGUCUGUACCCUCCAUCCCUUUUCCCUUUACCCACAAGUCCGAGCCCAGGGACAAAAUGGGCGGCAAGUUCCAAUCUUUGACAGAUAUCAACCGUAGGUCGUUGGGUUUUUUUUCUCAUAGAUUUUUACUUUGGUUUAUGCAAGGUUUCUGUAUAAAAACUCAAUUGAACUCAUGUGAAUGUGUCCCUGUGUCCUUUAAUUUGUUGUUUGUGCCAUUGUAACUUGUUUUUAAAAUUUAUCAGAGAAACUGCCAAGUUGUUUAGUUUCUUUAAAUUCUUGUUCAAGAAUAAGUGUUUUCAACUUGUUUUUUGUUUUUGUUUUUUAAAGAAUAAUUUUUUUAGGUUACUCAUUUUGAUACAUUUCUUUCUGUCCAAAACACUCCAAACAGCUACAAAUGGUUUCGGCUGUGUCAAAGAGCAAGGCCAUAUUUCUUUUGAAGAUAUACCCAUACGUAUACCCUCACAGUGACCCAAAGAGCUUCAUUUGGCACAAACAGGCCUGUGGCAGGCAUUGUCACUUGCAGUGCUUGCGGUUGUAAUCUAAAGUCUACACUUAAGCACAUACACUCCAUUCGGACUGCUCACUCAUGUAAGAGUCGUACGGCCUUAAUGGAUUUAUUUUCCUUUGUGAUCCAUACCCACUUUCUGUCUACUCUCUCUCUCUCAAGAGUUACAAAUUGAGAAAGAUUAUAGAGAUUAUGAUAAUGAAAUGGUAUUUAUAAACUGAACAA